UUGACCGAUCUGCAGAUGUAACAGUGUAACAGUUACUGCAUAUCUCUAGACUCUCCAGUCACCUUGGGCCGCCUACUGCUCCUGACUAGAUAUGGCACUGGACGAAAUUCAGCAGAAAUUUAGAGGCAAAUGGAAACUGUGUCGGAGUGAAAAUUUUGAGGAUUUUCUGAAAGAAAUGGGGGUAAAUGUAGUUGCUAGGAAGCUAGCAGCUGCUGGCAAACCGGAACAGGAAGUUGAAGUGAAAGAUGGUAAAAUCCGCAUCGUGUACAAGACUGGAUUCUGGGACAGAGAGGACAACUUUAACCUGGACGAAGAGUUCGAGAAUGAGACGAACAAAGUCAAACACAAGGUUGUAGGUUCCUACAAGGACGGGAAGCUGGAGACGGUGGCGACGCCGAUAGACUCGGAACUGCCACCGCAGAGAACCGUCCGAGAUGUUGUUGAUGGAGAAAUGGUGAUGACUAUUCACGCGCGUGAUGUGGUAUGUACACGGUACUUCAAGCGCCUCCAGUGACACGGGAGCAGAUCUCGGAUGCAGCUGUGGGAUGAUUAGGACAAUACUGGACAGGACCACAUGACAUGAUGCGACAUGACGUGACAUGACAGCUAUAUAGUUUGGAAGCCGUUCCCGACAAGUCAAAGCGACUAUCGGUACGGUUAUUGUCGAGUAUAUGUUUCACAUGGUACAUGGUACAAGGCGCUUGUAAAAUAAAAAUAUUUGAAUGUUUUAA